UGCCAAUUCAUUCCUCCGACAUGCUCCUUGGUUUGUACCGAAUGUUACCCCAUCAUUCUUCUUCUAUUCUCUCAACCACUGUAUCUUCUUGUUUAUUUGCUUUACAUGUCUGUUGACUUAUUCUCCUACCCUCGUUCUCUCUUACUCGCAGCUUGUGGCUGGAGCGUGGCUUGACUCUACACGUUCCCAUUCCGAGCUCCCGCUAGAUCGAUACCUCGGUCAUCAACCAGAUCAGGCGACCUCUGAUCAUGCUCUGGCAACACAUUAUUUCUGACGACGACCGCCAACUUUGAUGUUUCUAGGUCUCUCGAACCCAUUUUUCAGCAACAAUGCAGUACGUUCGGAGUUUGGGGAGCGGCGUAUCCAAGACAUGGAACUCCAUUAAUCCAGCCACUCUUUCAGGCGCUAUUGAUGUCAUUGUGGUUGAACAAGAAGAUGGUAGCCUGGCUUGUUCUCCAUUUCACGUGCGCUUUGGAAAGUUCUCUUUACUCCGGCCUUCCGACAAGAAGGUCGAGUUCAAGGUCAAUGGCGUUAAGCAGGAUCAUGCUAUGAAACUCGGGGAUGGUGGCGAGGCUUUCUUUGUCUUCGAAACCUCGAGUGACAUCCCGGAAGCUCUACAAACGUCCCCCCUCAUGUCGCCGGCAAGCAGUCCACCGGUCUCUGCUGACGAUCGACCUCCUCUCGGCCUUUCAGAACCUUCGUACCUCGAUAUUACCGACUCUGGAAAGACUGGCAUUACUUUUGAGUCCGGCUCUGCCACGCAGCCAAUUCCGAUGCUAAGACGGGCAGGCACGACCCUUAGUGAUCAAGCUCUCCUUCAGUCCUUUCCCUCCUCCAGACUUGACUUGUCAGGAACUUCAUUACCCGAAACUGCUCUGGCACUUCCUUCCACAUUAGGACGUUCCUCCUCGGAAGAGGUUGUACCUAUCGCAACACGAGCAGAAUUUGACACGCUCAGUGCCGCAUAUCUCAACAGUACAGUACCGGACCUCCCGAAAUCCACUUUUGAUGGCUCGGAUACUCCAAAGGCGGCUGCUAGCCCUCCCAUCUUGCGGCCGAAGCAGGCACACGACCGGGCAAUGACCUUGUCCAAAAAGCUGUCUUCCUCGAACAUUCGAUCCCAGGUAACCCCAUCAGGGGACCUAAUGCUGGACAUGACUGGUUACAAAUCGAGUGAAGACGAAGCUCUCCGAGCUGAAGCUGUCGCACGAAAGCUACUUUCAGAAGAACUGGAAGGAAGUCAUGACAUUGGUUCUCUGAUUGGUACCGAUGAGAAAGGCAAUCUCUGGAUAUACAGCAGCGAAGAAGCCCGUGAUGCUGCGAAUCGAAAAGUCGCCAACACUGUGCUGGGUGAAGCCAACCCUGUCUCGCUUGACAAUGCCUCUGAUCCAGGUUACCAUAGUGACAGUGACCGAAGUCCCUCACCAGAUUUCCCCAGCAGGCCCAACCACCUACAACACCAAAGAGCUCAGUCGGAAGACCUUCCUUCACUUUCCGAGUUGUCUCGAGAGCAAAGCCGCAAUUUCGCGAAGACUCUGCGCCUGACAAGCGACCAGCUCAAAGCACUCAAUCUGAAACGAGGUGAAAAUCAGAUCUCAUUCACAGUGAACCGCGCCACAUGCACGGCGUACAUGUUCUACUGGACAGCUGAUGUCCCAAUCGUCAUUUCCGAUAUCGACGGGACCAUAACAAAAUCAGAUGCUUUGGGCCAGCUGUUUCACGUGGUCGGUCGGGACUGGACACAUGCUGGUGUUGCAAAACUGUAUUCCGACAUCGUGGCCAACGGCUACAAUAUUCUGUACCUGACAAGUCGUUCGGUCGGUCAAGCCGAUACUACCCGCGCAUAUCUGAACGGCAUCAUACAAGACGGGUGGAAGCUGCCUCGAGGUCCUGUGAUAUUGAGCCCGGAUCGAACCAUUGCAGCUCUACGACGCGAGGUAUACCUGCGAAAGCCUGAAGUCUUCAAGAUGGCGUGUCUGCGGGAUAUACUGGGCCUCUUUCCAGGGCGGACGAAUCCGUUCUAUGCCGGCUUCGGCAAUCGUUUCACGGAUGCUCUCAGCUAUCGAAGCGUCCAUAUACCCUCGUCCCGGAUCUUCACCAUCAACACCAACUCCGAUGUCUCUCUCGAUCUGCUGACGCUGAACAAAUACCGGAGUAGCUAUGUGACCAUGCGUGAACUGGUAGACCACUUCUUUCCGCCUGUGGCAACACUUGUGAAAGAGGGCGGCGAGGAGUACACCGACUUCUCCUACUGGCGAGACACACCGCAAGAUUUGGAGGAUUUUAUACCUACAGACUCGGAAGGAGAUGGCGAAGAGGAAGAUGUGUCCGACGACGAAGAUGACGCAGAGGUUGAAUCCGGGAAUGAGAUGGGUGACAGUUACAUCUCGAGAGGAAGUCUCGAUGAGUCCAUGAUGAGCGAAUCAAUUCGCCAGUCUAUCGAAGUCGAUGAUGCAGCAGAUGCACUUCAAAGUUCGUACCUCAGCGACGAGGCCGAGGUUAGGGAAACUGAUUUUGCGGACGAUUACCUUGGCGAUAAUGCAUCGAGGCGGACAGGAGGGCAUAUUGUGACACCAAUCGCAAGAUCUCCGAGGAUCUAGUACGAAUUCAAGCACUGACCAGGAGAGAGAGCCAGGGACCAUUGGAACGAUGGAUGGGCUCGACGCAUGUAUCAGGAACGACUUGCGGCA